AUGAAGCAGGAGUUCUACGUCAGGUUCAAGGGCCCGGUAGAGACGCCAUUCGAAGGUGGCCUCUGGAAGAUCCACGUCGAGCUCCCUGACCAAUACCCCUACAAGAGUCCCAGCAUCGGAUUUGUUAACCGCAUCUUCCAUCCCAACAUCGAUGAACUCUCCGGCUCCGUCUGCCUCGAUGUCAUCAACCAGACCUGGUCACCAAUGUACGACAUGAUCAACAUCUUCGAAGUCUUCCUUCCCCAACUCCUGCGGUACCCCAACCCAACCGAUCCCCUCAACGGAGAAGCUGCGGCGCUGUUGAUGCGAGAACCGAAAAGCUACGAUGCCAAGGUCAAGGAAUACGUUCAAAAGUACGCCAACAAGGAUACCGCUGAAGACUCCGACAAAGACGAUGGCGAUGACGAUGAGAUGAGUUCGGUUGGUAGUUAUGAGUCGGGUGAUGAGGAUGAGGCGGCGGGGAACAUGGAGGAUAUCUGA